GGUUGGAUCUGCAUCCUAUGUAGUCUCACCUGGUUAGAUCAAUAGACAACGUACCCUUUAGAUUGUCUAUAAACCUUUCACAUCUUCUAGCCAGCCAUGAAUUCGACAAAGUGACGUAGCUGGGUCAAUACAAUAAGCAGGUCACAUACCUGGCACUGGCAAGAAUGUACAUCUCAAGCUGCAGUACUUAUCCCUAGCGCCAGUGCAUGCAAAGAGGCUAUGCGACUUGGGCGUAGGCAGUUCAUUUCCGCUGCAGUACAGGGAGCGCCCGCGAACCACUCAGUAUCAACACGCGUUUGCAGGCGUCUUGGGCCGAGCUAGUUCUAUAAAGUUUUUGCCACCACUUAUCUCUGUCCCAUUGCCUCAGACUUUUCUGCCUCCGUUGUUCCAUCCUAUUAACUCAGCUUGGCUUUUCAGUCGAUACUCACAUCUUCCGACUCGGUCCUCAUGUCAGGAGCAUCAAGCUUUUCCACACAUAGCCCAAGGUCAUUAAAAGAGGCUAGCGUUGACAGCGCCCCGCUUCAAAGCGCCAAUAGCGACGAGCAGGCUCCGCCUGAGAAUGAUGCCGCAGGGCCCACCAAGGAGGAGAAGGAAAAUUGUGAAGCUUCGGCAGUAAAGGAGCCACCAGGGAUCUCGAACACCCCCUCCCGGCCAUCAGAACCUCAACAGGAAAGCACUUCCAAGGUUUCACCUGAUGGUGACCUGCUAGCUCUCGAGGCGGAAAAGGUCGUAGGGCAGACGGAACAGCCAAAUCUAAGUGAUGUAGUAAAUGUCAUGGAGCGGGUGUUGGGUGUUCUCCAGGACUCAACAAUUGCCUUCAAGGGUGGCAAGGACGACCGCUCUCGUUUCUGGGGGAUAUACAAAAGAAUCGCAGAGGAACACGACGGCGAGUUCCUCGAGCGAUACAACGGCGACAUGGAUAUCAUGUUGGUCUUCUCCGGUCUUUUCUCUGCUGUCACCACGUCUUUUAUCGUAGCCAUGGAGUAUAAGCUCAGUCCCGACCCCAGCGACACCACGAACGCCCUUCUCACACAGCUCGUUCAAAUCGGACUUGGCAACCUUGCUGCAGCAGGCUCUACGCCCGUAGCACCAGCAUCUACGUUUUCGCCGACAACAUCGGAUAUAAGGAUCCAAUCUAUUGCAUACGCAAGCUUGUGCAUGAGUUUGCUCGCUGCGUUCGGGGCCGUACUAGGCAAGCAGUGGCUCGGGUACUACAAAUCGAACAGAUAUGGCCGUGGCUCGCAGGAGGAACGAGGGAAGCGCAGACAAGAGAAGUUCGACGGCAUCAUCACGUGGUAUUUUGAUGCCGUCGUGCAAUCCUUUCCGAUUUUACUUCAGAUCUCCCUUCUGCUCUUUGGGAUCGCCCUCAGCGCCAACAUGGGUCGUCAUUUCAACAACGGUCUUCGGAUUUUUGUUCUAUUCCUUGACUGUAAUGGCAUCAUUGAUAUCACCCGCGUGUCCAUUUCAGACGCCGAUAUCGACGAUUUUGCGCAUACUGCGCAUCGACAGAGUUCUACGCCCAAUGGUCAAAUUAGCCCACAGAUCUUUCCAGCAGCUGACGACGUCGGUACCCAGUGUGCUGCGACGGCUACUUGAUGCCCUGAAAUCUGGUUGGACCCAAAUGUCUGAAGACCCUGUGCAUGCUGUCGGCUCAUUCGCACUGUGCUGUCUCCAGCCAUUUUUCGGCGCACUUCAUAACCUUGUAUCCUCCCUGCGUUCUUUGGUUCUGCGCUCUCCGACAAUGGAUGGGGACCUCGAAGCACCACCACCGGACCAGAACCUGAGCGUUUCAGCCGAGAAUCAAUACUACCUUAAGCUGAACCUCCCAGACACACUCACCAGCUCUCUCGAAGCACCCAGCAUCAAGUGGCUGCUCGAGACAUCCACUGAUCCUGAAGUAUUUCUAGCCGCUGCUAGCUUUGUUCCGCAGGUCGAAUGGCCCCUGGAUCUUGAUGUCUCAGACACGCUGCAU